AUGGACCGUUUUGAGCAUCAAGUUCUCGAGGCAUGUCCAAAGUUCACAGCUGCAGACUUGAAAGAGAAGUACGAAAACGCUACCCACUAUAUUCAAAGUCCAAAGGAAAUUCCAGGGUUCAACAAAACCAAACCGGUUCAUGUUCCUGUCAUCUAUAACAAGGUUAAGUAUGGUUACGCUUUGAAGACUUACAAGGCUAGAUACCAUAACGAAGAUGAUGCCAUGGCUAUGGGUGGUGCUUUGAUCGGAUAUUGGGGUGUUAUCAUCUUGAUCGGUACCGUUCUGAAUAUCUUUGAAAAGUUAUUCCCUAAACAAUGGUUAGCGGCUCAUCGUUCAUUCUCUAAUAACAUGCUGGUUAAGUUAAUGAGGAAAUAUUUCUUCAUGCCAGCUUUGAUUGGGAAGAAGCAUACCGAACGUAACUUCUUCCUAGGUGUUGUUCCAACUAGAGUUCAAUCUGUUGUUGUGUUUGUGUUUUCGUCUCUGGUUAUUAUCUUCUCUGCCGUCAGAAUUCACUACAUGGAAAAUAACAUUACUUGGCCAAGAAAGAAGAUUCAACUAACUAGAUAUGUCGGUGACAGAACAGGUAUCAUCAGUUGUUUCUUAAUCCCAUUGACCUACUUCAUGGCUGGUCGUAACAACUUUUUUGCCUUCAUGACUGGUUGGAAACAAUCAACAUUCCUUAUUUAUCAUAAGUGGGUAGCCAGAGCAACUGUUCUUUGUAGUGUUGCACACUCGAUUGCCUACUAUCUAAACUCCAUGUGGUUCAAGAAGAUGAAGACCAGAAAGCUAACUAUCUGGUAUAGAAUGGGUACUUUGGCAACGAUCGCAUUCGCCGUCAUGUUCUGUAUAUCUAUUGGUUGGGUUCGUACUCACCAUUACGAACUCUUCUUGAACGCCCACAUUUGUUUGGCUAUCAUUUCAAUUGCUGGUCUAUACUACCAUUUAAGACAAUUCGAUUUGAACCAAUACACUUAUGCUGCAAUUGCAAUUUGGGGCUUUGACAGAGUUGUCAGAGUUGUCAGACUUUUCUCAUUCGGUGCUAAAAAGGCUACUAUUACUGUUGUUAACAAUGAAAUGUUACAUGUCACUGUUCCAAAGCCAGCCCACUGGCCAACUUUCCCAGGUGCAUUUGGCUUUGUGUACUUUUUGAACAGUUCUUGCUUCUGGCAAUCCCAUCCAUUUACUAUUGUCAGCAGCAAGUCUAACACUGAGAUUAACUUUUACAUCAAAAUCAAGAAUGGUGUAACUCACACCAUCUACAAGAAACUUUUGGACAAGCCUGGAAUGACCGGUACUUUCACUGUAUCCGUUGAAGGUCCAUACGGUAAUGGCAGAAGAUUAGAAGCAUUUGACGAUGUUGUUAUGAUCUCCUCUAGCAACGGUAUUGCAAGUAACUUCUCUUACGCUCGUCAAUUAUCCGAAAUCCACAAGAAGACAGGUAACAAAACCUUUGUCAAGUUUUACUGGAUUGUUAGACACUGGCAUUCAUUGGACUGGUUCUUGAAUGAAUUGAAGGAAAUGAAAGACUUCGACAAUGUUGAGCCAAUUAUUUAUGUCACCAAAUACCACGAGGGUAAGGUUGGCGAAAAACUUCUCGCAUCAAGCGGCUCUGAUAGUUCUGACGCAGACGAAAAGAAUUCUGUAAAGGUUUCUGACGCCGAAUACAACUGGUUAGAAAGUAUCAAGAAUGCUUUACCUCAUAUUGAGUUCAGAGAUGGUAGACCAGACUUUGAACAGAUUGUCAAAUCGGACUUGAGCGAAUUCAACGGCCAAAACGUUGCCGUUUUAACCUGUGCUCACAACGCUCUGAGCGACGACAUCAGAUACACCGUUGCAAACGAAAUUCCAAACCACGAUGGAAGAAUAGAUUUGUUCGAAGAAAUCCAAGUCUGGUAA